GCCCGGUCCUCCUGGUUACAGAGAGAAGACUGGACGACGGUCAGUCGUGAAAAUAGCCUUAGGCCACGUCGACGGGGUCACCCGCACAUUCGAACUACUACGGUGGAUAAAUUUCAUUUUUUUAAUUACCUUUUAAAAAUUUGUUUAAUUUUAUCGAUCGAUUCGAUUAGUGCCUGUAUCCGGUAAUUGAAGAAGAAGAAUCGGCGAUAAUGAGAAGAUUUACACGGUAAAUUAAUGAAUAAUGGCGCCGAUUCCGCAAGUGCCGUCGACGGAACCGGCCGAAGAGGAUGCAGCCUUUCGCAUCCUCAACAGGGACGACCUUCCCAUGGCCAUCAUCGGUCGGCCGAUUUUGAAACCUUUCGGCACGGAUAAACCCAACCUGGUGGUGCGUCCAACUCGAAGGGAUGAUAAGAAAAGCACCUUCGACGAAUCCGGCGGUGAUCCUUUCGAUAGCAACCGGAAAUCUCUUAACGACUCACGCGGAUAUUUACGUCACUAUAAUAGCUUGGAUCAAGCGAAACGGGAUGAACUGACAGACAUAGAUGAACUUGAACAUUUUACUAAAGUCCUAGACUCCAAAUUGAAAAGACUGCAAAAAGAAGAAACGAAACUGAAGAAGAAAACAACAACAACGGUGGACGCGGCGCCGGCGACUGCGAGCUGUAAAAAACCGUUCGUGACUACGGUGAAGAAGGGCCAGUUCCUCGAACCGCCGCCGGAAUUAGCUACACUCAUCGGUAUUAAAACCGAAGAAAGCAAAAGGAAAAUUCCGAAGGAAAACGGGAAAUUGUACGCCUUCGCCAGUCGACCGAGAGUGCUCAGUCGGACUCCGCCGAAAAACGUCCAUCAAACCAGAUGCGAAGCUGCGGCAUGGGCUGCGGCCAAAUUGGUGGGAACAGUUGUAGGAGUUCGACAAGAAGAACCCCGCAUUAUAAGGAAUAUAAGUACCCAAAAACAACAAAAGAAACUAACCAAAGACAGAGAACAAGAAGACCAGCCAAAAUGGAAUCCGCAUUUUGCAUAUGCCAAACUGCUUUCGAGAGAUGAUAUUGAUUCGGCAACGAGACUGGAACAAGCCCGAAGGAGAGCUUUAGCCAGGAAGAAAGCGAAACGUCAACAGAUCAAAGGCAAAGAAGACGGCUCAUCUUUGUCUCCCACUACGUGUGAUGCGUUCCGCGAUAGAUUACUCGACUUGCAACGGAUCUUGGUUGUACCGGAAAAAACCGACGUGGCCACUCAAACUGAUGAAACGGAUCAAACUGAUGAUGACGACGUUUUCUUCAAGUGCUAUUCCGAUGCACAGAUCCAAGUUCAUCCUACCGAUCUUUUUGAUUUCAAUACGCAAGUUAGACCGAUAGUGGAGGUGCUGGUGGGCAAAACCAUCGAAGAGGCCUUAGUAGAAGUAUUGGAAGAAGAGGAAUUAGCAGCCAUGAAAGAGCAGCAGAGGAGAUUUUUGGAAUACGUAGCGCAAAAAACUGGAGAAGAUUCCAUCGCUGCCGAUACAGAAUUGUUGAAAAAUUUGUCCAAAGUUGUUAAACAUAAUUAUGUACCUAAUUUUAUAACAUCGGUUUAACAAACACAAUUUAUCUUUAAUGCACAGACUAUUUAAAGAUAUUAUUAUGUAGGAAGAAAUCAAAUGCCGUGUUAUUUACCUAUCUUUAAAGUGACUAAAAUAAUUAUUUUAAAAUAGUGAAUUCUUCUAGAACAUUAAUAUUGAUAAUUAUACGGUGUGAUAAUUUAAACUUACAAUAGGCUACAUCUCACAAACGAAAGAUGAUAUUGAUAUAACAAAAAAAGUACCUAGUUUUUUAACAUUGUAUCACAAGUUAGGGUUUGUUUGUUUUUAAAACUAUUAAAUAACAUGGUAAUUUUUUAACACUCUGUACAAUUAUUAUUUAUACUAUACUAUUGCUAGGCAUAAUUCAACACGGUCGUUUGUACCGGGGGUGCCUAAUAUUUCGCGUUAUGAGCGCUAAGAAUGCUACGAAUAUGCUAAUGUGGCAUUUUACUAUUGAAUAGCAUCUUUAUAAGCUUUUUUUAUGAUGUUAUCAUAAGUAGGGGUUUGCUAUUUAUUUUUUUUUAGUUGGGGUAAGUGGGUCCUAGUGGGAGUUAGUUCUCUUUUAUGUAAUUUUAGUGGCCUCUUCUUACCUUAGAAACGGUUUUAGGCAUUUUUUAAUUUCACUUUUCGUUUGUGAGAUGUAGACCAUAGUAAGUUUUAUUGUUACACCUGUAUAUUAUAACAAAUGAUCCAUUUUGUCUUUUUUAUCUCUUCCGGUAAUUUUUAUUUUAUAUUUUGGACUUUACGUGAUGCAAUUCUGUAUUGAUAGUGCCGGUUCUUUCCUAGGUGCCUUAUCCAAUGUUAAUAAAUAAUCCAUUGAUAUACAGGGUAACACAUUAGUACAAGGUUAACAGGCAGAGAACUUUUCACCCUACCCUCGUAUGGAAGAGCUCAAUUUAUCUGUUAUUGUACAAGAUAUCGAAAAGUAUUAAAUUUAAUAUGAGAAUAUAAGAAUGAAGGAAAUUCAAAAAUGAUAGUUUUUAACCAUAGUGGUAAACUUAGUACAAUUUUCAUAAAAAAAAUGUUCGUAUCUUUUUAAACCACUCAGUAUAACAUUGCACAAUGUUAUAUUUUUUGGAAAGGUGAAAACGAGCGAAAAAUUCAUUUUUAAUAAGAAUCAGGGCGUUCCAUUUAAAAGUUGAUCAACCAGGAAAAAACGGGACACUCUGUAUAAAUGUAACUAAUUUUAAAAUAUACCUACAGCUUAAAGAGAUCUACAACAUUUGUAAAGAAGUUUUUUUUGAUAUCUUCUACAAUAACCGAUAAUAUAUUGAGCAUUUCCAUACAAAUGUGCCACCCUGUAUAUUUUAUUCAUAUCAACGAAUUUCUCGUUUGGGCUUAUAUUAUUUCACACUCUAGUAAUUCCAUAUUCUCAUAACAUUAUAGUUAUGUAAUUAUUUUUUACUGUAGAGAUAAAUUUUUAUUGGUACUUUUCUCGGCAAUAUUUCAAGUACCAUUAGUCGAAAACAAUAAUAAGAUGAUA